UCCGCAAAGAAUUUCCUCUAUUCUUGAGUGGACUUGGUAUAUGUAACACAUUGCAGAAAACCCUAAUUUUCUCAUUUCACUUUCGUUCUCUGUAAAAAUUUUGAUCUAUAAAUUCUCGAAAGAAGAUUUUAACCAACUCUCCAAGACUAAUCUAAAACAUGUCGGGUGCGUACGGUUACGAAGGAGAUGGAUCUGCUCCGCCGCCCAUGGGUGGGGGAGGCUACGGAGGAUAUGGCGGAGGAAGUAGUGGUGGCGGCGGUGGAUAUGGUAAUUAUGGAAGUGGCGGAGGCGGAGGAGGCUAUGGUGGUAAUAGAGGCGGCGGAAGGGGAGGUGGAGGUGGGGGAUACGGAGGAGGUGGUGGUGGAUACCAAGGAGAUCGAGGGGGACGCGGCGGCGGAGGAGGCGGAGCCAGAGGUGGUGGUCGUGGCGGUGGAAGUGGCAGGGAUGGCGAUUGGCGAUGCCCUAAUCCAGGGUGUGGGAAUUUGAAUUUUGCUCGAAGAGUUGAGUGUAACAAAUGUGGUGCACCGUCUCCUGCUGGAUCUGAUGAUCGUGGGAGUAGAGGUGAUGGUGGUGGAAAUACUCGAGGUGGUAGAGGUGGUAACUAUUAUGAUGGUGGAAGUGGCAGAGGUGGUAAUGAUUAUGAUGGAAGAAAUAGUAGAGGUGGUUCUUAUGGUGGUAGUCAAGGCAGAGAUGGUGGUUAUGGGAAGGAUGCUCCAGUUGCUCCUGCAUCUCACAAUGGAGCGGGUAAUAACUACCCCCCACCUCCUCAUGCAUAUGGCGGGAGCCCUAAUUAUGCUCCUGAUUCAGUUCCUCCUCCUGCAAGCUAUACUGGUGGCCCUGCUUCUUAUCCUCCAUCAUAUGCUACUCCUGCUGGAUAUGGUGGUGAUCCACGUAAUGAUAGCCGGGGUGGCGGACGAGGUGGCCCUCCUGGUGGGUAUGGGGGAGAUUUUCGAAACUCAGCAGGAGGUUAUGGUGGUGCUCCAACAGAGGCUCCAAUUGCAGUCAAGCAGUGUGAUGAAAAUUGUGGUGACUCCUGUGACAAUGCUAGAAUCUAUAUCUCGAAUUUACCUCCAGAUGUGACCACGGACGAGCUUAGAGAUCUUUUUGGAAGUAUUGGACAAGUAGCAAGAAUCAAGCAAAAGCGAGGCUACAAGGACCAGUGGCCCUGGAGUAUAAAAAUAUACACAGAUGAACAUGGAACCAGCAAAGGAGAUGCAGUUUUGUCAUAUGAAGAUCCAUCUGCUGCACAUUCAGCUGGUGGUUUUUUCAACAUGCAUGAACUUAGAGGUCACAAAAUUAGUGUCACAAUGGCUGAGAAAUCCGCUCCAAAGGGUCCUCCAUAUGGUUCUGGGGGCGGUGGUAGAGGUGGCUAUGGAGGUGACAAACGUAGAGACGGUGGCGGUUCAGGUCCAAAUAGGAACUAUCAUGGUGGAAACCGCUCACGUCCAUACUAAACUUGAAGCAGAGCAUUUUAUGUACUAAUAUUCUGGGGAAACAUUUUAAUUUUAUUGCAUUCAUGGAUUUAUUCUCUUACUGGAGACAGAGGUAGGUUGUUCGCUUACUUUGAGCAUUACCCCCUUUUCUUCAUUGUUUAUCCUUUUGUGUACUUGGUGGGGGAGAUUUUCUUAUGCCUGUGGAUUGAUUUGAGCUGUGUGAAUGUCUUUAUAGAGGCAAGUGGAUAUUCUCCAAAAUGCUGCUAAAUGAUAGGUUGAAUUAUCAGGUGAGUGUUACUUCUAUUGAGAGUAGUGCAUUGAUUGUUCCGACUCUGAGCAAUUUGUGAUUUUGCUUUCAUGUUUGUUCAUCUUGCUAUGCCGGACCCAAAUAUGAAAGCAUGCUCCAGCAUAGUUUUUGGAGUAAUUUGUUCGAUCAUUAACCUUAGCUCCUCACACACAUUUUUAGGUCUUAGUUUUGUUAACAUGAUACAAGAUGAAUAGCUAGGAGCUGGUUGACAAGCUGCUGGAGUAAAAUUCAAGGACAAGACUACUUUCACAGUUUACUUUUCGCAACUAAAAUCUUGGAAGAAAAGAGAGCCUUGGAUCAAAUUAAAAUCAGGUGAAAGUGGCUUAGGUUGUGCCGUGUUGUCUGAAUCUAUGUUUCGCGGGUGCUGGCAAGUUUCGAUGAUUACUUGUUUUUUUGAGUAUAUUUGUGGCUUGAACAGUAAAUGAUUGCAAUCUGGGUUGUGCUUGAGGUGGAUUUCAUUUUUUGUCAACCACACGUUUUUCGGCAAAUAGAUUAUAAAAUUUUUACUAUGGCAGCAAGGAAGUUUUCAACAGAACUAGAGCAUUUCAAUGUGCUAGCAUGUUUACAUUUUUCUGUUUUUUACAACUAAAAGUGGUGAGUCUUUUUAAAAGAGAAAGGUACUGCUUGCUCCUCGGUGUUGUGUCUUUUGGUCUCUCUGGUUGAAGUAGUCUUAUCAUUGUCCAAAGGCUCAAAUGGAUUUUGUUGGUUGAAUAUUUAGUAUUGGAGCAGUGCAAUUGCACAAAGUAAUGGAACUCAAGUUUUUGUAAUUCUUGUAAUGAUUUUUAUAGGUUAGGGUAAGGUUGCUUCUUGACGUUUUGUUUUUAAUUUUAAUUUUUUUCCACUUUUUCUUAUUUAAGGUCAUCCGAGCCAGUUUCGUGUAUAUCAGGUCCUGCUGUUGAAGGACCUUUUUACAAUUGACUAAUUAAGGACCGUAUGAUAUUUCAUCUCU